AUGUAUGUAUAAAUGCUUAAAGAUACACUUUCUUAGGGAGAUUCAAUAACUAAAACUUUUAGCUUUCCUAAACCUUUUUAAAAUAUACCAAAAGCUAUACUUAACAUUUAAAGCUAUCAUACAAAUAUUAACUUUUCUCAGUCCUUUAAAUUAUUCAUAUAAAAUAUUACUUUAACUUCAAUUACAAUAAAACUUUAAUCUUUGGACACAACCAUUUAUGAGCUGAAAAUAGGAAUACUUGCUGUUGAUUAUCCUUUUGUAGAUGUAUUUAAUAACACAUUAACUUAAAAAUAGAUAGCAGUUCAUAAAGUUGAGAAUAAAAUUUAAUCAUAUGUCACAUUUUUUACUUCCUUCUAAGCAAGUUCCUGCGUUUUUCUAGAAUUUAACUUAGAUUCCUCUUAAAAAGAUGAUUACAGUAUAGAAGUUAAAGCUAGCGAGUUUAAUUGUUUGAACUCUCUUGAUUAUAAUCUUCUAAUUAUUUACUAUAACAGUACAAAUUUUCCAGAUAUGAAAUUUUAUUAUUACUAACACACUGCAUUCUCUGAUAACAUAAAUUCAAAUACUCUAGUUAAAACAAAUUUAACUUCCCCAGAUACAGGAUUUUAUGGAAUUAAAGAUAUGAAAAUAGGUUCUUUAUUAAGUUUUGGAAUUUUUUUUAAUCCUAAGGAUGAAAAUUAACCAAUAUAAAAUGGAAAUUAUGAUUUUUUUACUGAUAAAAAAAAAUACAUAAUUUAUAAUGCAAACUCACAAGUAUUUGACCUAAUAAAAUUAGAAUGUCCAUCAGGAUAAUAUUUAUAUAAAGAAAGUUGUAUUUUGUAACCUAAAAACGGUAUUUAUUGCUAAAAUAAUCCUAAUGUCUGCUUUGAUUGUGAUUCUAAAUGCGUAGCUUGUGAAAAAUCAGCAACUAAUUGCUUAAAAUGUGUAUCUCCAUUAUAUUUUUAUUAAAAUAAAUGCUUUAAUGAUAUCUAAACAGGCACUUAUUGCGAUGAAAGUAAUAUAUGCCAUACUUGCAAUCUUUUAGCUUGCAGUAGUUGUGUUGGUAAUGCAGAUUUUUGUACCACAUGCAUUAAUGGAUAUCAUUUCUAUAACAAUAGUUGCACUCAGAAUCAACCAAAUUAAACAUACUGUAAAUUUAACACAACUUUAAAUUAUUAUGAGUGUUUUCCUUGUGAUAAAAAAUGCAAUAAAUGCUCUGGACCAUUAUAAAACUAGUGUAGCGAAUGUGUAGAUUAUAUGUAUUUCUAUCAAUAAUCCUGCACUCCCGAAUAACCAAAUUAGACAGUAUGUACAAAUUAUAUUUGCUAACAAUGCUUUAAUUUAUGCAAAUCGUGCUUCGGUGUAAAUUAAAAUCAGUGUGUAUCUUGUAUCAGUAAUUAUUAGCUAAAUCCAAACACAAAUUAGUGUGAAAUAUCUAUUUGCUAAGAUGGAUAUUAUCCAGAUAAACUUUUGAACUCUUGUUAAAAAUGCAAAAAGGGAUGUGAUAAAUGUAUUUAAUUUUCGGUUUGUACAGAAUGUUCAACUAUUGCAAAUAGCUAGGGAGUAGUUUAAACAUAUAUUUUAGACGAAAAGCUUCAAGUUUGUAUUUUAAAUUGCUUAGAGGGAUAAUAUUUAGAUUUUUAAACUAAUGAAUGCUCUGCUUGUGAUAAAUCUUGUUUAACUUGCAAUGGUAAAACUAACUAAAAUUGUUUAUCUUGUAUUAACGGAGCUAGAAUUAAUAGCUAAGGAAUAUGCUAAUGCUAAAAAGAAAAUGAAGGUUUUUCUGAUGAUUUUAAGUAUUGUAUCUAGUGCCAAAUAAAGAAUUGCAAUAAAUGUUUUUAUAGCAACUCAUGUGAAUCAUGCUCAGAAUUAGCUUCUCUAAAUCCAGAAAAAAACUAAUGUAUUUGUGAAGAUGGUUACUUUUAUUCUGAUUCUUAUAAAAAAUGUAUCAAAUGUAUUUAGAGCAGUUGUUUAACUUGCUUAUCAGAUGGAAUUACUUGUACAAAAUGCUAAAGUGGUUUUCUUAAGACAGAAUAAUCGAUAUGUACCUAUUGUAAUAACUAUAAAUACUCGAGUGAUGGUAAGAGCUGUGAUUCUAAAUGUCCUAGUCUUUGUGAGGUGAUCCUGAUAUAGUUCCUAAUUAAUUAUGUCACCAUUCAUGCUCGUCAUGUUCAGGCUUAACUAAAUAUGAUUGUUUAUUCUGCUCUUCUCCAACUCGUCAUUAUAAUCAUUAAAAAAGAGAGUGUGAAUGUAUUCCAGGAUAUUCAGAAUCAGGUUAAUAAGACUGCAGUCAGACUUAAUAAGUUUAACCAUUUAUCUAAAAUAUGGCUUAUAAUACAAACAAAAUUUUUUGCUUUGUCUAAUCAGGGCUUAUUUUUUUAAAUCUUAGUCCAUCCCUAACCUACUCUUAUUAAAUAUAGCAAUUUCUAGGAAACUAUAUUUUUCCCAAAUCUUUUUCUAAUUAAACUUACCAAGACUAAAAAUAAUAAAGUUAAGAUGACUAGAGUGAAAUGA